GCGGGAAAGUCGAAAAGGAGGGUGAACAACGGCUUCUCGGCGGGUGAGUGGAGCAGCGGUCGUCUCCUCUAGAGGCUCCGCGUCUUUGCGGCCUGGUCUCUAGGCCCCGGCAGAGCUCGGCCUUUCCUUCUGGGGCUCCGCGCCCCGAACCUCAGCUUCCUCAACUGUCUUGUCGUGGGAUAAUCCUCCCAGUAAUUUAACUGAAGAAGGUUUUGGUCAAAAUGGUUUCCAAAAGAAGACUUUCAACAUCUGAGGAUAAAGAGAGCCUGACGGAAGAUGCCUCUAAAGCCAGGAAACAGCCACAUUCCAAAAAGACAAAGAAAUCUCAUGUUCAUAAUGAAGUUGAAGAAAAUGACAGUGUCUUUGUAAAGCUUCUUAAGACAUCAGGAAUUACCCUUAAAACAGGAGAGAGUCAGAAUCAACUAGCUGUGGAUCAAAUCGUUUUCCAAAAGAAGCUCUUUCAGACUCUGAGGAAACAUCCUUCUUAUCCCAAAAUAGUAGAAGAAUUCGUUAGUGGCCUGGAGUCUUACAUUGAGGACCAAGACAGUUUCAGGAACUGCCUUUUGUCUUGUGAACGGCUGCAGGAUGAGGAAGCCAGCAUGGGCACAUCUUACUGCAAGAGCCUUAUUAAAUUGCUUCUGGGGAUUGACAUAUUACAGCCUGCCAUUAUCAAAAUCUUAUUUGAAAAGUUGCCAGAAUUUCUUUUCAAAAACGUGAACAGUGAUGGACUCAACAUGCCUCGACUCAUCAUCAAUCAACUGAAGUGGCUGGACAGAGUUGUUGAUAGUAAGGAUCUCACCACCAAGAUCAUGCAGCUGAUCAGUAUUGCUCCAGUGUACCUGCAGCAUGACUUUGUCACCAGCCUACCUGAGAUCCUAGGGGAUUCCCAGCAUGCUGAUGUGGGGAAUGAACUCAGUGACCUUCUAACAGAGAAUACUCUGCUCACUGUCCCAAUCCUGGAUGUCCUCUCUAGCCUCCGACUUGAGCCGAAGCUCCUGACUAAGGUCCGCCAGUUAGUGAUGGGUAAGCUGUCAUCUAUCAUGUUGGACGAUUUACCUAUGAGUGUCAAGUUCAUUCUUCAUUCCAUAACAGCCACGGAUGCACUUGAGGUAAUUUCUGAGCUUCGGGAGAAAUUGGAUCUGCAGCAUUUUUUCCUGCCAUCAUUGUUUCAGGCUUCUCAAAGCAAGUUGAAAAAUAAAGGACAAACAAGUUUUUCAGGAAAUCAAGAAAACAGCGGUCAAGACUGUGUUACUCUUCUCUUUGACGUAAUAAAGUCAGCUGUUAGAUAUGAGAAAAUCAUUUCAGAAGCCUGGAUUAAGGCAAUUGAAAACACCACUUCAGUGUCGGAACACAAGAUUCUUGACCUGGCAAUGCUUUUCGUCAUCUAUAGCACCAACACUCAGGCAAAGAAGUACAUUGAGAGGGUGCUAAGAAAUAAGAUUCGAUCAGGCUGCUUUGAAGAACAGCUGCUACAGGGUACAUUCUAUAUUCAUUACUUGGUUCUUAAGGAUGUUUGUCCAUCUCUUUUGUCACUGGCGCAGAGUUUGUUGCACUCCCUAGACCAGAGCAUAAUUUUGUUCGGCAGUCUCCUAUACAAAUAUGCAUUUAACUUUUUUGACACUUACUGCCAGCAGGAAGUGAUUGGUGCCCUAGUGACCCAUGUCUUCAGUGGCAACGAAGCUGAAGUUGAUACUGCGUUGGAUGUCCUCCUAGAGUUGAUAGUUCUAAACCCAUCUGCUAUGAGGCUGAAUGCUGUCUUUGUGAAGGGCAUUCUAGACUAUCUGGAUAAUAUGUCACCCCAGCAGAUACGAAAACUCUUCUAUAUUCUCAGCACACUGGCAUUUAGCAAACAGCAUGAAGCCAGCAGUCACAUCCAGGAUGACAUGUACCUGGUGAUACGAAAACAGCUCUCUAGCACCAUGUUCAAGUACAAGCUCAUUGGUAUUAUUGGUGCUGUCACUAUGGCUGGCAUCAUAGCGGCAGACAGAAGUAGAUCUUCCAGUUUGACUCCAGGGAGAGGAGACCUCAGCAGUGAACAGUGUACACAGGUGACCUCCUUGCUACAGUUGGUUCAUUCCUGCAGUGAGCAGUCUCCUCAGGCCUCUGCACUUUAUUAUGAUGAAUUUGCCAACCUGAUCCAAGGCAGAAAGCUGGCUCCAAAAGUGCUGGAAUGGGCUGGGCAGACCAUCUUUAAUGAUUUCCAGGAUGCCUUUGUGGUGGACAUCUGUGUUGUUCCAGAAGGUGACUAUCCAUUUCCCGUGAAAGCGCUCUACGGACUAGAAGACUAUGACAGCUGUGAUGGGAUUGCCAUCAACCUUCUGCCACUGUUGUUCUCGCAGGACUUUGUGCAAGAUGGGGGUAGACUGACUUUGCAGGAAUCAGACCAAAAAUUGGUUUCUCCGUUGUGCCUGGCUCCCUACUUCCGGUUACUGAGACUUUGUGUGGACAGACAACAUAAUGGAGACUUGGAGGAGAUUGAUGGUUUAUUAGACUGUCCUAUAUUCCUCACUGACCUGGAGCCUGGAGAGAGACUGGAGUCCAUGUCUGUUAAAGAGCGUUCAUUCAUAUGUUCACUUAUAUUUCUUACUCUCAACUGGUUCCGAGAGGUUGUAAAUGCCUUCUGUCGGCAAAUGUUACCCGAGAUGAAGGUGAAGGUGCUCACCCGGUUAAAGCACAUUGUAGAGCUGCAGCAACUCCUGGAAAAGCACUUGGCUGUCACUCCAGACUAUGUUCCUCCCCUUGCAAACUUUGACUUGGAAACUUCAGAAGUAACACCUCAUACCAGUACUGCUGUUUCAGCAAAAAUCAGAAUACAAGGAAAUUUAGGAGGAAGGAAACGAAAAGCAGAUGACAGCAAAACAUCCUCCCCUGACCCACUUUCCAAGGAGGAUAAUUCAGAAUGCGACCCUGCACCAUAUGAUAGGAGCCAGCUGGAAAAGGAGUUCAGAGGGAAAGAAGAAAAGACAUCAGUAUCGUUACAGAAUUACCGCGCUUUCUUCCGAGAACUGGACCUUGAGGUCUUCUCUAUUCUGCAUUGUGGGCUCGUGGCCAAGUUCAUCUUAGAUACUGAAAUGCACACUGAAGCUACAGAAGUUGUGCAGCUUCAGCCCCCUGAGCUGCUUUUCUUGCUGGAAGAUCUCGCCCAGAAGCUGGAGAACAUGCUGACACCUUCUGUGACCAGGAGAUCCCCCUUCCUCAAGAGCAAAGGAAACCGGAAUAUUGGAUUCACACAUCUCCACCAGAGAUCUGCCUCAGAAAUCGCUCAUAUUGUUGUUCAACUGCUGAGCCCCAUGUGUAACCAUCUGGAGAACAUUCACAACUAUUUCCAGGGCUUAACUGCUAAGAAUCAUGGUGUAGUUGAUGGACCAGGAAUUAAAGGUCAGGAGUACCACAUAAUGUCUUCCUGCUAUCAAAGGCUACUGCAGAUUUUACAUGGAUUUUUUGCUUGGAACGGAUUUUUUCAACCUGGCAAUAUUAAUCUACUAUACUCAGCCCUUGAGGUCCUUACUAACCGACUGAAGCCAGGAGAGUCUGAGCAAGCCUUGGAUGAGCUGCUUAGCCAGAGCUUCCAUUACUUGCAGAAUUUCCAUCUCAGCAUUCCCAGUUUCCAGUGUGCUCUUUAUCUCAUCAGACUUUUGAUGGUCAUUUUGGAGAAAUCUACAGCUCCUACUCAGAACAAAGGAAAAAUUGCUUCCCUGGCCAGACAGUUCCUUUGUCGGGUGUGGCCAAGUGGGGAGAAAGAGAAGAGCAGCAUUCCUAAUGACCAGCUCCAGGCUUUGCUUAGCAUCUACCUGGAGCACACAGACGGUGUUCUGAAGGCCAUAGAGGAGAUCGCUGGUGUUGGUGUCCCGGAACUGAUCAACUCUCCUAAAGAGGCAUCUUCCUCCACAUUCCCUACCCUGACCAGGCACACGUUUGUCAUUUUCUUCCGUGUGAUGAUGGCUGAACUAGAGAAGACAGUGAAAGGUCUUCAGGCUGGAACAGCAGCAGACUCGGAGCAGAUUCAUGAAGAGAAGCUCCUCUACUGGAACAUGGCUGUUCGAGACUUCAGUAUCCUCAUCAACCUGAUAAAGGUGUUUGAUAGCCGUCCUGUUCUGCAUGUAUGUUUGAAGUACGGGCGUCUCUUUGUGGAAGCAUUUCUGAAGCAGUGUAUGCCUCUCCUAGACUUCAGUUUUAGAAAACAUCGGGAAGAUGUUCUGAGUUUACUGGAAACCUUCCAGUUGAAUACAAGGCUGCUUCAUCACCUGUGUGGGCAUUCCAAGAUUCACCAGGACACGAAACUCACCAGACAUGUGCCUUUGCUCAAAAAGACCCUGGAGCUGUUAGUUUGCAGAGUGAAAGCCAUGCUCAUCCUCAACAAUUGCAGAGAGGCUUUUUGGCUGGGCAAUCUCAAAAACCGGGACUUGCAGGGUGAAGAGAUUAUAUCCCAGAAUUCCCAGGAGAGUACAGCAGAUGAGAGUGAGGAUGAUACGUCAUCCCAGGUCUCCAAGAGCAAAGGAACAGAGGGUGGUGAAGGAGAUGAAGCAAGUGAUGGAGAAAAGGAGCGAGAGAGUGAUGAGAGUGAUGAUGACUCUGAUUAGACCACAGAAAGAUACUCCCUUCCCAUCUGUGCCAGCUACUUAACAUUUUGUGUUCAGGGUUUCAAAUCUGCUGUCUGCCUUUCUAACUGGAAGCAUCCUAUUUUGUCCUUAAAGAAGGGGCUUUAUUGAAUCAACUUAAUUGUGGAUUUCACAGGUUGUCUACUAACAUCAAAGACCGUGGCUCAGAAUUUGAAUGUAGUGUUACUUACCAAUUUAGGCGAACAUGGCAGUGCUGUGAAGCAGAGUAGUCAUGAUUCUGAGCUUCAGGAGCUAGUUUUGAAACUCUGGAUUUAUUCUAGAAUUUAGGCUUGUACCAGUUUUACAAAUAAAUUCUGUUUUAAGUUCUGCCUCAGCUACCUCAUUCCUCUUUUCGAAUUUUCUUCAUAGAUGGAACUGAAUUGGUGUUUGUGCAGAGAAAUAAUGGAGACUGGUACAACACAUCGGUUCUACCAAUUACAAUCAUAUGUUCCCUAUUACAAGGAUCCUCUUAUUUGAGAUGAGAAGAUAGUUUGUGAUCUUUUUUGGAGGAGUGACGAAUUUCU